GCACGUAACUUGGAGAACAAGGACCCGUUUGGCAGACAAUUAAAAUGGAUCCCCCGAAUCCAAGAACCGAAAAUGGCGGUCGCCUAUCGAAGCAUCACGCUCUGACAUAAAAGCGCGCCGCGCAUUGAAAAGCCAACGAUUUUGACGAGAAAAAAAGCAAACGACUUUCAUUUCUCCAGUCCCCAAGUUAGGGUUUUGUUUUGUGUCGCUUUUAUCAAUUCUUCAAACCGAAAGGAGAAAUCUCUCGAUCGUGAUUUGCGAGACUCCAAUCGGUUUCUCUAGCACAGUGUCAUUGGAGCAAAGUCUAGAAGUAUUUUGACUAUUCAGGCCCUAUGAUUUCAAUUUUCAGAGUAGCGUAGCUGAAUUUUUCGUAUUAUUAUUUGAUUAAUGGUGUUAAAACAAACAGUGUUACCGGCUAUCAUUUGGUCACACUAAUGUGGAUAAUGUUUAUCAAUCAAACGAGCUCAGGACUUUGUAAAGGGAGUUUCGCGGUGUGACUGCUCCUAGUUAAUUUGACAGAAAAAGGAGAAAUGGAAGAAGAGGAGGAAGAUAAGAUUUUACUCAGCAGUUUGGGUGUGACCUCUGCAAAUCCUGAAGAUAUUGAGCAUGACAUCUUGGAAAAGGCAACAAGGCACCCUGGGGAGAGCAAUGAAGCUAUGGGGAAUGCUGAAGAAGAGAUAGUGGAAAGAAAGAAAGGCAACGAAGAAGGACAGGAUAAGAAAUUAGAUUUGUAUAAUAAACUGAGAGCAGUAGAAGUAGAAAUAGAUGCGAUUAAGAGUGGUUUUGAACACUUGGAGCGCUUCAGAAGACAUGAGGAGGAAGUCCCAGAUACUGAUGGUAGCAGCGAGGCAAAGCAGACAGAGAGUGAGCAAAGCGUUAUUCAGGCACCUCUGGACGAUUCAAACCUUCAACAUGCUUUAGCUGAUGAUCGUCUAAGAAGUCUCCUCAAGACGAAGGCUCAACUUAAGAAAGAACUUUCGGAUUUUACUGAUGAUACUUCGUCUGAUGCAUUGAUACGAGAUCUUGUUAAGGAUCAACCUGAAUUCAAAAGAAAGGUGAAGGAAGUUCAGAAAUCAAGCAACAAGAAGAGCAAACGACGGAAGACGACAUUGUUGGAUGAUGAUGAUGAUUUUGAUGCAGUGUUAACUGCAGCAUCUUCUGGAUUUGUUGAAACAGAAAGAGAUGCACUGGUAAGGAAAGGAAUGUUAACCCCCUUCCACCAGCUCAAAGGCUUUGAACGCCGGGUUCAAGAUUCGGAGUCUUUUGGCAGACAAAGUACUGCAGCUGAUAUAAACAGUAAUGACAAUGACCUGGCUUCCACCAGUAUAGCCAAGGCUGUCCAGUCAAUUUCACAGGCAGCUCAAGCUCGUCCAACCACCAAGUUGCUUGAUUCUGCUUCAUUACCAAAACUUGAGGCACCAACCCACCCUUUCCAAAGACUAAGGAAACCCCUUAAAAUCCCUCAAUCAUUAGAGACUACACCAGAGAAGAAUGGAGAUGGUACUAGAAAGAAGAAAAGACCAUUACCUAGCAAGAAGUGGAGAAAGUUGGCAUCUCGGGAGCAAAGACAGAACGAAGGAUCAGGUAUCUUUAUACACAUGAUUUUUGCUAUGCACCUAGGGAUUUGGUUUAUUCGGUCGUCUAAGUACAAUGAUAGAAAGAUCUUUUUCGGGAUGGGGGAGGGGGNUUUUGACUAUCAGAAGGUUGGUGUACAGUGGCUGUGGGAACUUCACUGUCAAAGAGCUGGUGGGAUAAUUGGAGAUGAGAUGGGUCUUGGUAAAACCGUACAGGUUUUAUCUUUUCUCGGAUCACUGCAUUUUAGCAAUAUGUAUAAGCCAAGCAUUAUAAUUUGUCCAGUCACUCUUUUGAGGCAAUGGAAGAGGGAAGCUAAAAAAUGGUAUCCCAGCUUCCACGUGGAGAUAUUACAUGAUUCAGCUCAUGAUCUAUCAAGUAAAAAGAAGCAAGCAGAUUCUGAAAGUGACUAUGAAAGCGAAGAUCUGCUUGACAGUGAGACUGAAGGAAACACAUCUUCGAGGACUUCCAAAAAAUGGGAUCCUGUGAUAGCUCGUGUUGUAAGAUCAAAUUCUGGACUAUUGAUCACUACUUAUGAGCAACUCCGUAUAUUAGGAGAGAAAUUACUUGACAUCGAAUGGGGUUAUGCAGUGUUAGAUGAAGGACAUCGAAUUCGGAAUCCAAAUGCUGAAGUUACUCUUGUAUGCAAGCAGCUCCAGACUGUUCACCGUAUCAUAAUGACAGGGGCCCCAAUUCAAAACAAGCUGAGUGAACUGUGGUCAUUGUUUGAUUUUGUCUUCCCUGGAAAGUUGGGAGUUCUACCUGUGUUUGAGGCUGAAUUUGCUGUUCCCAUUUCUGUUGGGGGGUAUGCUAAUGCAACACCCUUGCAAGUUUCCACAGCUUACAGAUGCGCUGUGGUGUUGCGUGACUUAAUCAUGCCUUACCUCCUCCGGCGGAUGAAAGCUGAUGUCAACGCUCAUCUCACUAAGAAAACUGAGCAUGUCCUCUUCUGCAGCCUCACACCAGAGCAGCGAUCUGUUUACCGAGCUUUUCUUGCUAGCUCUGAGGUUGAACAGAUCUUUGAUGGGAACAGGAAUUCUCUGUAUGGAAUUGAUGUAAUGCGGAAAAUUUGCAACCAUCCCGAUCUUCUUGAGAGAGAACAUUCCUGUAGAGAUCCAGACUAUGGAAAUCCUGAACGCAGUGGGAAAAUGAAAGUUGUUGCAGAAGUGCUUAAGGUAUGGAAAGAACAGGGGCACCGUGUUCUCCUUUUUUCUCAAACUCAACAGAUGCUUGAUAUUUUUGAGAGAUUUCUCGUUACUUGUGAGUACAAUUAUAGGCGAAUGGAUGGUGUCACUCCUGUAAAGCAGAGGAUGGCUUUGAUAGAUGAAUUUAACAAUACAGAUGAUAUUUUCAUCUUCAUCUUGACAACAAAAGUUGGUGGUCUGGGGACAAACUUGACAGGAGCUAACAGAGUAAUCAUUUUUGAUCCUGACUGGAACCCAUCAACUGACAUGCAGGCCCGGGAGCGUGCUUGGCGAAUUGGUCAAAAAAAGGAUGUUACAGUGUAUCGAUUGAUUACCCGAGGAACCAUAGAGGAGAAGGUGUAUCAUCGACAGAUUUACAAGCACUUUCUUACCAACAAAAUAUUGAAGAACCCACAGCAAAGAAGAUUUUUCAAAGCAAGAGAUAUGAAGGACCUAUUUACAUUAAAUGAUGAUGAAAAUGGGGGAUCUACAGAAACAUCUAGCAUUUUCAGCCAGGUAUCUGAAGAUGUGAACAUUGUUGGGGUCCCAGGUAAUCAAGACAAACAAUCUUUUAAAGCAACGGCAGAAAAGGAUGAUGAUUCCAAUAUUGGCGGGGGCAAUAACUCAAAAACCAAGGGAAAAGCGGGAGAUGGUAACAGCAAUGGAGAGUUAGAUGGAGAAGCAAGCAUCCUGCGGAGUCUUUUUGAUGCUCAUGGGAUCCAUAGUGCGAUGAAUCAUGAUGCUAUCAUGAAUGCUCAUGAUGAAGAGAAGUUGAAGCUAGAGGAGCAGGCAUCCCAAGUAGCUCAGAGAGCUGCAGAAGCACUGCGACAGUCAAGAAUGCUUCGAAGUCGAGAAAAUGUAGCAGUGCCAACUUGGACUGGCAAAUCAGGAGCUGCUGGGGGGCCAUCAUCUGUUAAAAGGAAAUUUGGUUCUACUGUUAAUCCUCAAUUAACCAGUAAGUCAUCUGAAGAAUCACUGAAUGACUCUGCUAGUAGGGCAAAUGCUUUUGCUGCUGGGGCAUCUGCUGGAAAAGCAUUAUCUUCAGCGGAGUUAUUGGCUAGGAUUAGGGGGAACCAAGAGAAAGCCGUUAGUGAUGGACUUGUGCAUCAGUUUGGUAUGUCGGCUUCAACCUCAAACGGCAGAGCAGGUUCUCUAAAUAAUGGGCAUCGGAGUGCAUCUAGCAGCUACGUAGUUCAGCCAGAGGUGUUGGUUCGCCAGAUCUGCACGUUUAUACAACAGAGAGGUGGGAAAACCAAUUCAGCUAGCAUUGUAGAUCAUUUCAGGGACCGGGUACCAUCAAAGGAUCUGCCACUGUUCAAGAAUCUUUUGAAGGAAAUAGCGACUCUGGAUAAAAACCCUAGUGGAUCUUUUUGGGUGUUAAAGCCUGAAUAUCAGGAUCAGUAGCCUCUUCCAGUCUUCCUAGUUCUAACAUAUGAUCCGUAAACUCCACUUUUGCGCUUUUUCAGAAAUGAGAUACCAUAUAAGCUAGAAACAUCUCAAAUGAUUCAAAGUUCAUUUUGCAGUUAAAAGUUUGUCAUUCCUUCUGGGGUCAGGGUUGUUCAUUAGGCUGAGAGACUUUCCUUUUUCGUUCUCAGCAUCUUUGGUCAGUAUAGCACUCUAGGUGGUUGGACCUAUGUGCAGUGUACAUAGUUGGGUCAUUUUUUUGCUUCCCAUAAAUCAUUGAUUUUUCUUUGUAACAGGGAAUAGUUGGUGCUCCAGAAAUGAAGCUGUGCAAGAAUUUUUUUUCUUUUGAUUUGUCUUACACAGUAGCUACUCGUUUCAUUAGACUGCUGUAUGCAUUUGAGGCACUAUGGAGGUUCAUGCUUGCAUUGCCUGACUAA